AAGCCGGGCGGCUGUAUGGCGGCCUGCGAGCGCCUGGGCGGUGGCGCCCUGCGGGAGCUGCUGGCCCGCACCCAGAGCGUGCUGUUCGACUGCGACGGGGUGCUGUGGAGCGGGGAGCGCGCCGUGCCGGGCGCGCCUGAGCUGCUGGAGCGGCUGGGCCGCAGCGGCAAGGCGGCGCUCUUCGUGAGCAACAACAGCAGGCGCUCGGUGGCCGAGCUGGCGGGCCGCUUCGCGCGCCUCGGCUUCCGCGGCGUGGCGGCCGAGCAGCUGUUCAGCUCGGCGCUGUGCGCGGCCCGCCUGCUGCGCCAGCGCCUGCCGCGGCCCUGCCCGCCGGGCGCCGUCUUCGUGCUGGGCGGCGACGGGCUGCGCGGAGAGCUGCGGGCCGCGGGGCUGCGCCUGGCCGGCGACGAACCGGGGCCCGUGCGCGCCGUGCUCGUGGGCUACGACGAGCACUUCACCUUCGCCAAGCUGAGCGAGGCCUGCGCCCACCUGCGCGACCCCGACUGCCUCCUGGUGGCCACCGACGUGGACCCGUGGCACCCGCUCAGCGACGGCCGCACCACCCCGGGUACUGGGAGCCUGACAGCAGCAGUGGAGACAGCAUCAGGGCGCCAGGCAGUAGUGGUGGGCAAACCCAGCACCUACAUGUUUGAGUGUAUCACAGAGCACUUUGGCGUGGACCCGGCUCGCACCCUGAUGGUGGGUGACCGGCUGGAGACGGACAUCCUCUUUGGUCACCGCUGCGGUCUGACCACCGUGCUCACCCUCACUGGAGUCUCCAGGCUGGAUCAGGCCCAGGCCUACUUGGCUGCAGGCCAGGUUGACCUGGUGCCCCACUACUACGUGGACAGUAUUGCAGACUUGAUAGCAGGCCUGGAGGACUGAGGCCACCUGACCAGAGGCAGGGCAGCCAAGAGGACGGGCUGGCAUCUCGCUCCCAUUUCUUCUCCCCUGGUCUCUUUUUACUCUCUGCUUGUGAGAGGACCCCUUCCCCAAUUCCCAUAUCCUGAUCCAGUUUGGAUGUUUUCCUCCCCCUAACCGUGUGUGCGCGACACACACACACACACACACACACACACACGUGCGCGUGCUCUCUCCCUCCACCUUCUGGGAUCAGUAGGUCAGGACCUGCUCCCCAGCUCCCCAAGGGACCUACCUAUCCCUCCUCCCUUUAGGUUGGGCUAGGUGUCCUCUCCCCACAUUAUCUCCUGCUUCCCUCUACUGGGUGCCAUUUCCCUAAUGGCAGCAUCCCCUCCCCCUCACCCCUCAAAUCAGCCCCCACUUCCCCCUUCUCUCAGCUCUGAAGGUCGAUGCUGCCUUAACUUCUCUUUUUUCUCCCCACUUUCUCUCUUCUCGACCCAGGAACUAUGACUCUGGGGGCACAGGGUGCCUCAGUUUCCUUCUCUGUCAAAAUGAGGGUGUUAGACUAAAUGACUUCUGAGCCCCCUGAGCCCCCUUGCAGCUCUGAAUCUAUGAUCCUAAAGGGCCCUUUAUUGCAACACUCUGUGCCAUUGAUUCCCAGCCCCCCUUGUUCUGCCUGGUUCAGGGGCUUCCCCUCUCCCAUACACACACGCACACACACACACACAUACACACUCUCUCUCUCUUCCCCUCUCCCGUACACACACACACACUCUCU